AUGAUGGAGAGCGAAAGCAGCGAGAGUCUACGCUCCAACCCCACGCUUGGCCGACGCGUGCAGGGCUGGUGUGUGCUGCUACUGGCCGCUGGGAUGCUGGUCACCAUGGCGACAUGGAGCACACCUGUAGCAGGACCGGACGACGGCAGCAGCCGCGAGGACGGUAGCCGUGACGACGGCGCCCAGGGCAUCCACCUGCUGCUGCGCCCGCCUGAGCUCCUGGCACCCAGCCAAGGCCCGCUUCUCCAUGGCAACGAGCGCCAAGGCCCGCUUCUCCAUGGCAACGAGCCCACACCCGCCACGCCCACCCUGGCGCCGCCCGACGACACCGAGUCGUCCCCCACGGCCGAGGACUGGGGCUCCGGCGACUACCUGGAGACGCUCACCUUCAUGGGGGCGGACGCAGAGGACCUGUCGCUUCUCUCCAGCCUGCCCACACACACACACACACUCACACACUCCCCGAUGCGCACGCACACGCACGCGGAGGAUCUGGACGAGGCCGGCACGGGCCUGAGCUACGACACCGCAUUUCCCGCCCGCCCGACACUCCCCCUCUCCUCAGGCCCCUCCCUCGGCCGCCGGCGACCCGCGCCUUCCUCCCGGGCGGACGUAGACCAGGAGCUGGAUUUCGAUUGGGCGGAACUGUACCCCAUCGAGCCCACAGAGAUGCUCCUGCCUGACAUGAACAGUCUGGAGUACUACAACAUGCUGCAGAACCGAGAGAACGUCACGCGCACACACACCACGCACACACACACACACACACCCAGCAAGGAGGCCAAAGACAACAGCAGUGCCGGGCAAGAGCAGAGGGACAGCAAGGACACCUCUCUCAUCUCUCCCACCCCCGCACACACCUUCACACACAUGCUCACACACACACACACACACACACACGCUCCACCUCCUGCACCCACGCCUGCUAAGCCCUCCAUUAGCCCCACCCCCUCCCUCUCCCCGCCCAUCCUCAGAGCUCCUCCUACAGACACCCAUAGGCCCUCCCCCCCCAAGCCCACCCCUCACGCCUCCAUGGGCAUAGCACGCCCCCCCGGCCCCCCUGCCAUACCCCCCCCGGCUCCCAGCAUCCCCCGCAGAACGACCACCCAGGCGGUCACCACCAAGCCGCCGCGCGCCCCCUACGCACCCCGCCCCAGCACCAUGCCUCCAACACAAGCCCCAACGCCUCCAACUCCAAGAAUCCCCCUGUCCCCGCCGAGCAGACAGCCCUUGUGCAACAUCAGUAGACCUGAUAUGUACCUCGUGCAAGUGGGUAUGCCAGUGGGCACAUCCGUUGCUUUCGCCAAAGCCCACAUCAAGGACGUCCUGAGACGGGAGUUCAACCGCUCGGUGGAGCUGCAGGUGCUCAGGGCUCCGCCCACCUUCAUCUUCCGCACGGUGGCCGGCCCGCUGGUGUUCACAGCCGUUUCUGUCAUAAACGCUCUCCUCCAAUCAGCACGCAGCUCAGCCUCCAGCACCAUCCUCUCUGUCACGCCCAUCUCCGUCUCUGUGCCUGACCACAAGCACCUGGUGCACUCAGUACUUCAGUUUGUUCCAGGCCACGUGGAUGUGCGUGUGUGCAGCUUCAGUGAGCAGGUGGAGAGAGGCCUGCUCACAGCAUACACUGAGGUGCGCCGACGCUACCAGGAAAAUGGAAGCUUCACCAUAGAGAUUGUCAACAUCACAAUCAGCAUGGCCAAGGCCCAGCGUCAGCAGCAGAGGGCGCCGGUGGACGUCACCUUCGCUGUGAAGGACGAACGCGGCUACCUGCUGGGGUCAGAGGUCAGCGGUCACCUGCGACAGCUCAGCAUGGUGGAGUACAGCUUCUACCUGGGCUUCCCUGUGGUGCAGAUAGCAGAGCCAUUUCAUUACCCAGAGCUCAAUAUGACCCACCUGCUCCGCUCCUCUUGGGUGAAGACGGUGCUGUUGGGUGUGUUAGACCAGCGCGUGAGUGAGCGCACGUUCCAGGCCAAGAUGGAGAGGCGAUUGGCUCAGCUGGUGGGGGAGGGGCUUGGGGUUGGCCGCCGCUGGAGGAGAGCAACUACUGUGGGCAAUAGCAGUGUACAGGUGGUGCGGGUGGUGCGGCUGGAGGGUGCAGACCAUCCUCUGGAGCUGGUCUACUUUGUGGAGGGGGGCACAGGGGAGAGGCUGCCUGCACACACCACCGCUGCCAUGCUCAACCGCAUCAGCCUGCAGAGGGCCGCCAUCGUGCUGGGCUACCGUGUGCACGGGACUAUCCUGGCUCAGCCGGUGGAGAAGUUGGCGCUGUCGCCGUCGGAGACGCAGCCCAGCAGUGUGUGGCUGGUGGUGGGGGUGGUGGUGCCCGUGCUGGUGGUGCUCUUCAUCAUCGUCAUCCUCUACUGGAAGCUCUGCCGCUCCGAGAAGCUGGAGUUCCAGCCAGACGCCAUGAGCACCAUCACCCAGAGACAAAAGCUUCAGGCCCCCAGUGUGAAGGGUUUUGACUUCGCCAAGCUGCACCUGGGCCAGCACAGCAAAGACGCCAUCAUGGUGAUCCAGGAGCCCCCGCAGGUGAAAGAGGUGGUGAAAGAGGCCACGCCCCCAGAGGGGGGGGAGAUGAACACUCCCAAAUCCAAGAGCUCGUCCACCAAAGUGUCCCGCAGUGCUGCUGGACGAAGACGAGGCCGGCUGUCUCCAUCAGAUGGCGACUCAUUGGGCAGUGAAGCGUCUAGUGGGCGGGACUCUGGUGAGGAAAGCACUCGCCCUGCUGCCACACCCAACGAGGGAAAACAACAUCGGAGAAGCAAGCACUCAAAGAGCAAGUUAGCAGCGGGGGGCAGUGGAGCAGACGAGCAACUCUCCUCAUCGUCCAUCUUCGAUCAUGUGGACCGCAUGUCACGCGGCUCGUCAGACGGAACGCGUCGCAUCUCAAACAAGAUCCAGCUGAUCGCCAUGCAGCCUGUGCCCAGCCCCCCCCACCGCCACCGCACCGAGCACGCACACACACACACACACACGUACACACUCACAGAGAGGGGCCCGGAUGGCACUCAGGUUAACACUGAGAUCGCUGUGGCUCUGCGGCACAAGUCGGAGAUCGAGCGUCACAGGAACAAGAUCCGUCUGCGGGCGAAGAGGAGAGGUCAGCACGAGUUCCCCUCGAUGGAGGACAUCAUGGCGGCGUUCGGAGACAGCGCCGAGCAGCAGCGUGUGUGUCGGCAGAUCCACAAGAUCCUGCACCCUGACACACACUCCUCCUACCACUCACACACUCCCAGUGCAGAGAGUCAGCGCAGGAGUUCUCGGGGUAGGCGGUCUCCACGGCAGAGGCGGGGUCAACCUGUGAUUGGCAGUCUGGACAAGGACCGCCUCAUCACUGACAGGGACGCCACCUACAGGAAGUAUCCUGGGGUCAACAAUGUAGCCUAUGUGCUGGCUGCAGGCCCUCCUGGUGCUGGUUCCCCUCCGUGUGGCCCCGCCCCUGGCCCGCCCUCAUACCAGCCUCCUCAGCCAACCAUAGAGGCUAGUCAUGAAUGCUCUCCUAUUGGACGGCCCAGCGUUUGCUCUGGGCCCGCCUCUCCAUCCACCCGUCCAAUCAGGCACUGGGGAUCAGCGCCAUCCAAUAGUCCUUUCUCUGCGAGGUAUGCAGAGCUGGGCAUGUCCCCUACCUCUGUGCAGGGGCUACUGCAGAGAGAGGCGCUAGGUUCAGGCUACCUGCCAUCGGACGUGUACUCCAGUGGGGGUCAAUAUGGAGAUGAGCCAUCCUGCUCUCAUAGACCCCCACCUGUAGGGGGCAGCACAGGUGCCCAACUCCAGCAGCUGACACAGGUGGGUUUGUCCAGCCGUAUGGGUGUGUACGGUGUUGGCCGCAGUGUGUCCGGCCCCUCUGGCUGCAGCUGGCUCCAGUACCGUUCAGACGAUGAGGAACCCAGGUCUGGAUCGGACAGAGACAACAUGCUGUCCUACUCAGCCGAGUACUCAUCCUCUCCCCUGUUCCAGAUGCCCCGCACGGCGCUCACCGACCCAUCGGCCCCCAACACCCACCUACUCCCCCCCUGCCCCUCCAGACGGCCCUCGCCUGCCCCCCCCUCACAGUCCUCUGCCUCCCUCAUCAAAGCCAUCAGGGAGGAGCUGCAGAGACUCAGCCAGAAGCAACCGCCUGUGGCAGCCUAUCACAGCUAACGCACACACACUCACACACACACACACACUAACCCCUGUGGCCAGAAGCAACCGCCUGUGGCAGCCUAUCACAGCUAACGCACAGGACACACACACACAAACAUACAAACACACACACUUUCAAACACACACACAUUCAAACAUAGACGCACACAUUCACAAACUCACAACGAUCCCUGGCACGAACCCACAGCACACUCACACUUGCACUUAUUCAUCCGUAUAUUCCAUUACAUUACAUUACAUUUGGCUGACGCAUUUUUAACCAAAGCGACUAACAACAUGGUAACAGUUAAGUUUUAAAGUAUUUCUCUCAACAAUUUUAGGACAAUUU